UAUUUCACAGAAAUGGGUCGCAAGGGCAAGAAGGAGCCGAAACAACUGGGAGUCGGCGACUUUGUGUUCGCCAAGGUGCGUGGAUUUCGCGCCUGGCCAGCGCGCGUUCUACGGGAAGACGGCAACAUGUUUCAGGUCUAUUUCUACGGCACUUGCAACAUCGCCAAAGUCGGCGUCACCCAGCUUUUUGAGUACGAAAAGUGCAAGUCACGUUUGGGCGAGGUCAAGCAGAAGCAUUACGGCCUAUUUAAAGAGGCGAUGCUGCACGUGGAGCAUUCGCUGACCAAUCCCGGCGAGGAUCAUGGCUAUUUUCAGGCAAAGGCCGACUUGGUCAGCGAUGAGGCGGAGCUCGACGACGACGACGACGAAGAAGCGUUAGCUUCGACAUCUCCACAAUUGAGAAUGAAAAAAAGAUUGGGCAGAACAAGUGUACCAUUUGCACACAUAACCGGCGACUCGGAUUAGGGCUCAGCCACGUGAAAGUUGAUCAUUUAUGAAGAUUAAGUUGAACAAAGUU